AUGGCUUGCGAUUUAGAGAAGAUUGAAGAAAAUGAAAGAGAAAAACCAAAUGUCGUAAUUCAAUUAAAUACAUUAGGUCUGGAAGAAUUAGUAUCUUUAACUUUAAAAUUAGAAGAGGAAUGGAAGUUGAUAAAAAAAAAUUAUACUAUUUUAGAAAGUGCUGUAGUAACUUAUGAUAAAUGUAAGAAUUGUGUAGAACAAUUAAACCCUUCUAAAUAUGAGGCAAAAAAUUUUAAUAUAUUCAUGAAUGAAUUAGAACGCUCAGAGCUAAUUAAAUUAUGUGGUAAAGAACCAGAUGAUAAAAAUAAAAGUGUAGAUAUAAAAGAUUCUCAAGAAAAAAAUAAAUUAGAAAAUAUAGAUAAUUUAAUUGACAAAAUUAAAAUAAGCAAUAAAGAAGAAGAAAAAGAAAUAGAAAAAGAGAAGGAGGAGAAAGAGAAGGAGAACGAGAAGGAGAACGAGAAGGAGAAAGAGAAAGAAAAAAAGCAACAAACUUUAGAUGUUCAUAUACCUUUGACAUCUUUAGUUUAUAUUCCAGGAAAAAUUGUUGAUACUGAAAAUUUUUUAAUACGUAUGGGAACAAAUUAUUACGUUCAAAGAAAUUCUGAACAAACAAUUGAGUAUUUUAAUGAUAAAGUAAAAAGAUUAAACGAACAAAUAAAAAAAUUAAAAGUAACAUUAAUUGAAAAAAAAAAUGAAAUAGAUUUAUGUAAGAAUUAUAUACAAAUUAAAAGAGAACAGCAAAUUAAUAAUUUAAAUACAAACACACAACCCUCUUCACUUAAUGUUAAUCCUUCAGUAAAUAGUUAA